AUGAAUAAAGGAGGUCAAUUUAUGAAUGGUGAAAGAGAUUACAAUCAUGCCACUGACAGUAAUUAUAAACUGUUGAGACAAAGGGCCGAACAAUUAUAUGAAAAACGUAAUCAUUUAUCCCAAGAAUCUCAAAAAGCCUAUAAGAACGGAGAUGGUCAAAAAGCUCACGAUUUGAGUGAACAAGCUAAGAAGAUCACUGAUGAAGCUGAAUAUUAUAAUAGACAAGCUGCUGAAUAUGUAUUCAGGGAAAACAAUGCUGAUUCAGCUGAAGAUGAAAUAGAUUUACAUGGAUUAUUUGUUAAAGAAGCCGAAUAUAUCUUGCAAGUUAGAAUAGUCCAGUUCGUUAAGACUCACCAAAGUCAUUUAAAAGUUAUUGUAGGUAAAGGUUUACACUCUCAGGGAGGUAUUGCCAAAUUAAAACCUGCUAUUGAUGAUAUGUGUGAUGAGAGUAGAUUAAAACAUCAUAUUGAUUCUAAGAAUACUGGAGUUUUGGUUAUUGACUUGAAAAAUGUUGACAUCAAUCAAUUACCUCAAUCUUGGUUGAAUUUACCACCUCCAAGUCAAAUGCCAUCCAAACCUCAACAAUCAUACCAACCACACCAACAACCUCAAUAUAAUCAACAAUAUCAUAAACCUAAUCAACAACAACAUCAUAAUAACAAUAAUAAUAAUAACAAUAACCAACUUGUUAGUUUAUUAAUGAAAGUUGUUUGUAUGUGUAUCAAUAGUAAGUAG